AUGGCAGACGUGAAGAAGUACCAUGUGCACCGCGCACACAUGACUGCGGUGCAUGAUCACUGUCCUGAUCGAGCCUACAUCGAGCUGGAAGUCCCUCAAGAUGCAGCAGAGGUUGUCUGCGUCACGUUCACAUCCGUCUCGCGAGAUCAAGGAUGGGCUGACUCCAGGGAGGCGUCGUUUACCUGGUUCAUGGCUUCGGUGCGGCGCCCGCUUGGCCGAUCCAGUCUGCGCACCAUCGGGAUCAUGGCCAAUGAUCCUGGUGUCCCGGAAUUUCGCGAGCACACUGUUCGCUGGAGUGCUGAGUCCGGUGCGCGUCGCUGGACUUGGCUGCAGGCCCUUCGGAGCGGAGAUGUCAUCCAGCUCAUCCCUAAAGCCAAAUAUCUAGCCUGGACCAACAUCAUCAAGGAGUGCCGUAUUGAGAUUGAGUACAAACCAGCCAUCGAAAUUGUUAGAGUUCCUUCCAUGGCAACUGCUCAAGAAUAUCACUAUAGCAAACCUUUGGACCCCGAGGCGAAGGAGAUCCGCCUCUUGGUCGUGCAACCGGCAGCAAAGGUGGAUGACGAGUUGGAAUUGUCCUGGCUGUCUGCCAGUCUGACCGAGCAUCUGAGCUUUAGUGCUCUAUCCUAUUGCUGGGGCGAUUCUACGCAAACCGUAGACGUGAGUAUCUCUGUCACGGAUGAACACGGAACUCAUAAAAGGCCUUUUCGUGCUGGGGGGACGGUUGUAGCUGCGAUCCGUCGAUUGAGGACGAAGGAGGAGCGUCUGGUGAUAUGGAUCGACGCCAUUUGCGUCAACCAAGCGGACCCCAUAGAACGAUCUCAGCAGGUGGCCUUGAUGAGGGAAAUCUACUCCUUUGCGGACAAGGUGCACAUCUGGCUGGGGGAGGACCAGAGCAUUGUCAACACCGCGCUCCGCCUCGUCCGCAACAUAUCCAAUUACAACUCGAGAGCCUGUCCCGGGGGAGAUGCAUGCCAAUGCACCGGCACCCAUCAUUCGAUUGAGCUCAAAGUGGUGGAUGACUUGGUGGAGAGGAAGCAAAAGGCUGGAGAGUUUGUAUCUUGGCAGCGCAUGGAUGAGGUUUUCGACACCUUCCAGCACUCCUUUUCCCCCGAUGAGGUGGACUGGGCCGGUGGGCAACAUGGGAUGCACCUGCAGAUCAUGAUGUCAGCCCUCUUCUCUCAUCCCUGGUUCACCCGUGUUUGGGUUGUGCAGGAAGCGACACUUGCUCGCCAGGCCUUCCUUUACAGCUCGGAGGAGAUGGUGACUUGGGAUGAAGUCGCCGAGGUGAAUGGCUGGAUAGGAGACCUUUCCUACCAGCUUCAGGCGCAGCAUAUACAGUCUGAGAUCCUCAUGGCGCCUAUAUGGAAGAACCUCAGAGCUGCCAUUAAUGGUAGGCAAACCGCAGCGGCACUUUCUGAUUAUUUACCCAAUAUCUUGGAUGUUUUCAUCGCGGGCCACGAUCUUCGUUCUACUGACCCUCGAGAUAAGGUCUUUGCGCUUCUGACGUUUGGAAAGGAAACGAAUGAAAUACAAGAUCUCGAUGAACUAAUCAAACCUGAUUAUCGGAAGUCGACGGCUCAAGUGUACGCAGAUUUCACGAGAUGGUGGAUCAAAGAGAACCGUUCGUUGGCCAUCCUGUCCGCCAUCCAUAGCCAAACCGCGCGUACUUGGCAACGGACCAGCUGCGACACGCAUGAAAACGUACCGGAUCCCAACCAACCAAGUUGGGCGGUCCACGGUGAGGGACUGUCCCGCUGGGCAACCGCCUCGCUACAGAAACUGGGAAGGUUUCGCGCCGCCAGCUCGCGAGAAGUUGAUCUAACACUCCUCCAAUCGCCUGAACCUCUGGUUUUGGAUCUCUCCGGGCGUCGAGUCUCACGCAUCACUGCUCUCGGGCACAUACCCAUGGAGCUAUUCAGCCCGUACACGAUGGACAUGGAUGAGCGGCCAGAUCUUCCUUUUGUUAUUGACAAGAUCUUGGAUCCCUGUGGAUACACUGGCUUCUGGAGUCUGAAGACUGUUUUCUCCGAAAAGGAGAACACCAGAGAGCGGGGACAGAGGGAGUACGGCGACCACUUGAACAGCCACUGGAGAUACCUACCACAACCUGCACUCCAGGCAUUGUUUCCUUCGUGGGCAGGCGAGGUCCAAUAUGAGCCGACCCAGAAGCUCACACCGUGCCUCGAGCCGUGCUUUUUUGUGACGGAAGAUGGGCAGUGGGGUCUCUGCCCCUGGAUGGCAAAAGCCGGGGACGUCGUCGUCCUUCUUGACGGAGGCGAUAUCCCGUAUCUCCUCCGACAGAAGCCAGACGCGGGAGGUGCCAGUGCGAAAUUUGUGUUUAUUGGGGAGUGUUUUGUUGAAAGCAUCAUGCAUGGUGAAUAUCUGACAAGACCUGGGGUGGAGGAGGAAACAGAGGUGUUCAGUAUUGUCUAG